AGUAGCGCUUGUGGAAUAAGAUACAUUCAUAGGGAUUCACAUUUGACACGUCACUGUAUGUGGCAAAAAAAAAAUACUUUCUGUUAUUACGAAAAAGCUAGUUUUAGUCACUCUUUGGAGUUUUAACAACACCAUAUCAACUAUUUUCUAAUACUGUCGUUUGACAGCUACCUGCGCUCUGUGAAAGACUUUCACCAGGGAUAUCCUACUUGGUUCCAGAAUUUUUUUUUUUUCCAAAGACUUUAUAAAAAGUCAACAUGGCAGAAACGGCGGCAGCUCCAGCCCCGAAGGCCAAAAAGGCGAAAACUCCAAAGAAGACUGCUUCACAUCCUAAGUACUCGGACAUGAUCAAGGCAGCCAUCGUAGCUGACAAGAGUCGUGGAGGCGCAUCCCGUCAAUCCAUCCAGAAGUACAUCAAGGGUUAUUACAAGGUGGGCGAGAACGCCGACUCUCAGAUUAAGCUGUCACUGAAGAGGCUGGUGAACUCCGGGGUUCUGCGCCACACCAAAGGAAUCGGUGCGUCAGGUUCCUUCAAACUGGCCAAAGCUGAGGACGCCAAAAAGGUUUCCAAACCCAAACCAGUUCUGAAAGCAAAGAAGCCUGCCGCCAAGCCCAAGAAGGUGGCCAAGCCCAAGAAGGUGGCCAAAUCACCAGUAAAAGCCAAGAAAGCAAAGCCAGCGGCGAAAAAAGUGAAGAAGUCUCCAGAGAAGAAGAAAGCAGCACCAAAGCCCAAGAAAGUAGUCAAGAAGGCAAAGCCCACCAAGCCCAAGGCGAGCAAACCCAAGAAGGGCAAAACCGCCAAGCCCAAGCCCAAAACAACAGCCAAGAAAGCAACGAAGAAGAAGUAAAAAUGACAUCAACAGAGAGACUUGAGUCACUGUAAAUAACUUUUGGAGAAAAAAAAAAAGUUUUUCUUAUAUGUAUUAUUUUUGUAUGGUCUCAUGCGAAACCUAACCUUUUUACCAAUUGUAUCCCACUCCAUUGCACUAGUCUACAUGAUGCUGAAAAGGAGAGUCAUGGAAUGUAAAAAAAUGUAUGUAGCAUCGUUAUAUUUAUUCCUCCCCGGUCAUUGGAUACCUGUUGUCUAGGAUCUUUUAGAAUAUGUAGGCCUAGUGAACACCAAUUUGGACAUUUUAUUGAUCAGAACCAAUGGAGUACUUCUUGGUGCACGAGGUCAUUCUGAAAAUACAACUGUUUAAAGAGUGCGCAUUGUUGAGCCUGACAACAAUGUAAAACAUGAGUGGGAACUGCAAGAAUACCAAGUGAAGCGAAUGGCUCUAAAUGUGUAGUUUGUCUAUGUUACAUUUGUCAAAUAACACUACCAUUCUCAAUUAAUUCAGUCUAUUGGUAGGCAAACAAACCACAACGGAUCACUUUUGAAACUGUUUAUACUGUAAUUCAAUAAACUUUUAUCAUCUUUUAAAUA